GGACCGGCACACUGCAGCAUGUAAAUUAACCGCCCACCACUUGUGACGUUUACGGAUGUAGUGGAAAGUGACUGGUCCCCGCGAGGAACGACCGGAGGCAGGUUUGAAGAUGAGGAUUUCCACCAGCAAACUGCAGCAACUGGCCAUCUUCACCACCUUAGUGACAGGAAGCGGAGUCGGCACUAUGUACUACCUGAUGCAGAAGAAAUUUGCAGAGUCGGACUACCACAAGCUGGCCGUGCAGAAGUUGGAAGAGUGCACGGUUGCCAUGGAGAGUUUGGGCGCGCCGCCUCUAAAAGUCCACAACAUCCACCUGAGUGACCGAGACAACCGAGUGGAUCAUCACACCGCCCAGAUCAAGAUCCCAGUCAGCGGCUCCAGAACUGGAGGUUAUUUAUACAGCACUUCAUCCAGGGAGCCGGGAAACAACAACAGAUGGCGAGUUAAGAUGGCGGUGCUCAGGCUGAAAGAAGGUGACAUCAUCGACCUAACGAGCACACACACUGACGAACAUGUCAGUGGUGUGUGAGACACAGAAAAGGCUGCAGCUAGUGGCAACCACACCUCUGUCUGAUGUCUCUGACUACACAUCAGACCAGCUCCUGACUUACUAAGUAUCAUCUUACUUGGGCCUUCCUCCUGGUUAGUGUUUUGUCCGGUGGUUUUCCUCCCUGUGCUACCAUUAAAGACUCUCUUCAAAGCUAA